UGGCUCGGGUGGCUGCGCAGCGUCGGCGGGGAGCGCGGGCUGCGGAGAGGCGGGCCGAGCCGAGCCAAGAGAGCGGGAGCGCGGCGCCCGGGAGGCGGCUGGGACGCGGGGCUUCGCGGGUCAGCCCCGCAUCGGAUCAGGCGUCCGCAGCGCUCGCCUUUCAUCUCGCCCCACGGCCAAGCCCGCCACGGGCGGGUUUACGCUGGUCACUGAGGCCCAGGCCGCUGCUGCGGCGCGUUCUUGAAAUCAUGAAUCCUGUUUAUAGCCCUGGAUCUUCUGGGGUUCCCUAUGCAAAUGCCAAAGGAAUUGGUUAUCCAGCUGGUUUCCCCAUGAGUUAUGCAGCAGCAGCUCCUGCUUAUUCUCCUAACAUGUACCCGGGAGCAAAUCCUACCUUCCAGACAGGUUACACUCCUGGCACACCUUAUAAAGUGUCCUGCUCCCCCACCAGUGGGGCCGUGCCACCGUACUCUUCCUCUCCCAACCCCUAUCAGACUGCCGUGUACCCGGUGCGAAGUGCCUACCCCCAGCAGAGCCCGUACACACAGCAGGGCACGUACUACACACAGCCAUUGUAUGCAGCACCCCCCCACGUCAUCCACCACACCACUGUGGUGCAGCCCAACGGCAUGCCGGCGACUGUGUACCCUGCUCCCAUCCCUCCUCCCAGAGGCAACGGGGUCACCAUGGGUAUGGUGGCUGGGACCACUAUGGCCAUGUCAGCAGGUACUCUGCUGACUGCUCACUCCCCAACUCCUGUUGCCCCCCACCCAGUUACUGUGCCCACGUACCGGGCCCCAGGAACACCCACCUACAGCUAUGUGCCCCCUCAGUGGUGAUCACCCUGCAAAUGUUUGAGGAUGGAGCUGUGCAGUCACAUCAUUGAGGUUCCACAGCUGGUGCUGCAGGCCUUGUGCCUCCAACCAGGACUUUCUUCUUAAUGCUCUCUACACUUGGCUAAACAUGACUACAUCCCGGCCCAGCAGGUCCCAGCGCCGUUAGUCUCCAACUAAUUCUGUGGGUUGGUCUUAAAGCAAAUCCUGUUUUGUGGACUGCCUGGCAAAUUUUUAGCUAACCGUAAUGAUAAAAAGGGAGUAUUAAUGUAUUCUGAAUCAUAUCUAGUUGAAUGCAUGUUUAAAAAAAAAAAAACACAAAAAGCUUGCUCAAUCUACUUGCAAUGACUGAUGCAAAACCAUCAUAUGCAAAAUCCAAAGGAAUGGGACUUAUUUUACAACUUGUAUCGCUAACGUACUGUUGUAAUGUAUGCAGAGUCUCCACGUUAUAAGUGUCACAGUGGACUUCUUCACAGAGCAGUUGAGAUAUCUUAGAUGACCCUUCAGCCUUUGGGGUUGAUGUGUGUUGCCAGUUAGGGACGUGGACUUAUAGUUUUCAAUGACCUGUUUCUUGGGCACUGACUGCACUGAGAAGGGGUUUGCCGGGAUAGGGGGAGUAGGGCAACCAGAGCUGCAAGCAUCCCUUUCUCUCCAUUUAGGCUUGGUGGGGUCAGUGGAUGGGGGGCAUGCUGAAAGACCAUCAUGGAAGAUUAGAAUUGUAUGGCUGGUGCAGUUAGGGGUGAGGAGUGGUUUAUGUGUCAGCAGAGCAGUUUUCUCUAUCUAAAGUUCCAUUACAAGUCUCUUACAGAGUGUGAUAGUGUUUCAUACAUCUCUAUUGGAAAAGUCCUAUGUAGAACUAAGUUACUUUCCUGGGAGAUAACGUAAAAGAGAAAGAGCCAUGCUUGGAGGAGGUAUUGUCCUCUUCAUUUAGCUUAGAAGAUCAUUCCAUUCCCACCACCACCACCCCACCCUCCCCGGGAAAUGUUUGUGUCAGCUGAAAAUAACAUAGGCAUUGCUGUUUUUCCCCCUACAAAGAAGGGCAAAGAUUUCAGCUGUAUGUUGUGAAGAAAGUUGUAUAUUUAAGAAUGAUUAAAAGGGAACAAAACUAUUUAAAAUUCCUCAUGUUUCUCGUAGAGGGGCAGGGCCAUGGAUGUGUCUGACAAUGUAGAACCGGGUAGCUUCUCCUGGGAUCUUCCACAUGGUGGUUACUUGUCCUCUGAGACUGGCUGGAGAGAGCUUCAAGUGAGGGGCAAGGGCAGGAGGGUCUUGUCUGGAACGCUCUUCUGCUACCUCUUACAGCUGGAGGCACCCAGUGCCACACAAGCAAGGACAACAGAAGGGCCGGGCCGUGUGGCAUAUGUGCCUGCCAGGGUUUAUCAUGGAAAAGAUUUUAAAAUCUGAAUUUUGUAUAUAAGAAAUCAAGAAGAUUUUUUUUUGCCUAAAUAUGCCUGACUUGGGUCGAUGGGAGUGUGUGUCUGUCUCAGUUAGGGUCAGAAGGCCUGGGAGAGUAGGACUUAUUCCCUCUCCAUGGUCUGGUGGUGUUGAGCACUGUAGGCUCUAGGUGGGGAUGGGGUUUUGCUCUUCAUUCUCUGGCAGCUGGGUCAGGGCUUGGACACUGGUGUGGAGACUGCCAUUAGUGUUCUGCCCUGGUUGCUGGGUGGGACACCUGACCACUGAGCCUUUGGUAACCUUAUUUUUUAUAGUAAGUACUCUUCUUAAUUUUCUUUUUUCACCUCUUAUUUUAUAAGAACUUUAGGAAUAUUUUUGCAUGGAUCAUUGUAAACAGAAGAUUCCUUAUUCCUGAUGUCUAGAAACAUAGAAUGUUUACUGAUAAAUACUUUAAUUUGUUUCAUGAGCACUUAACCCACGUGUGUGUGUGUGUGUGUGUGUGUGUGUAGCAAACAUUCAUUGCAGGCACAUGGUCUGUGUCCAUUUCACCUCGGUGUUGGUAAUUUCAUCUGAAUGGUGGGUGGUUUGCAGUAGCACAGUAGCAAUAGGUUCGGAGGGUUCUAGAAGCUCAACUGUUUGAAUAAUAGAGAAGUCAUUUUCCCAGGUGAGUGCUAAUAGACUAAGGGAAAUACUCAAUGAUGGUUAGUAGAUACUUACAAAAGUCCCACAUCCCAGAAGGAGAAACACACACAUACACAUCCUCUUGUAAGCGGGGAGUCAUUCAUGUUCAGAGUUUUUAGAUAUUUGUUCAGGCUUGCUUGAGAUUUGGCACACACAGGGUAUGAGUGUUUUCAAGACAGAGAACAGCACCACAACCCCCAUGUGUAUAUCAGCUUCAUAAAAACUUUCUUCCUAUAACCUUUUUUCCCUUUUGUGAAUCCAAAUUAAGAGAAUUUAUGAAAUACUUUUGCAUUGUACAUCUGUGCAGAAUCUUUCCACUUUGAUACUGUCAGGGCAUCAAAUAUCAAAUAUUAUCUAUCAGGUAAGGAUGUGGACUUAGGAAUAGUAACAAAACUGUCACAGGUUGCGAUUUUAUCAUUUAUCAUUUUAGCAUUUGGUUCUAGUACAGUUAAUUAUGGGAAAGAACUUGGGUCAGAAUUCUGUUAGAAAGCUUCAUAACUUGGUAUCACAAGCAUCUUGGUAGAACAUCCUGAUAAAUUCUGUGUGUCUGAGACAUUCCUAAUUUGAGUCCUUCAGCUGAAUUGUUUUAGAAUUGAGAUAAGCAAGCAAGGACCUCAUUCCUGCGAACAUAAACAUCAUUAUAGAUAUCUUUUAAGAAUUUUUGUUUUAUACCUUCUCCCCUGAGGCUUGGCUAUGUGUUCCAUCAGCUGUAUUGCUGUUUCUCUGCUCAUGGAUAUCUUGUCUGAAUUUGGGCUAGUGUUUAAUGUCCAGGGACUGGCCCUGUGAGCUCACGGCCUCUGAGAAAUGAGGCUACCCUCAGGGCUGGGGUCAAGGACAACCAAGGUAACAGGCAGGGAGGUACUGCUAGAACCUUCAGCAUCUUUUAAGGUGAGCCUCUUUUAAGAAUAUUCUUCUUGUGGUUCUCAUAGGCCUACCAGUUGCUGUUUUGGGCAACUGUUUCUUGAGUGCUAUGCAAAUGAUGCAGUAUUUACAGGAUGCACAAGGCGGGCUGGUCCUGAGCCUUGCUCUGGGCUCCUGGCCAGUGAGCAUCCUUCCCUUCCCCAGCCAGGCAUACAGUGUCUCAGUCCAUCUGGUGGCAUCAUCAGGCUCUGAUCAGUGAGGUCUAGGAAGUAAUUUGCAUGGGUCUUUUGGGGUCACAUCAAAAAUACAUUCUUGAGGCAAUUUGGAAUGUGCUUACAUCUGGGAGUGUUGUCCCCACAUAAGAUGUCUAUGAGUGUGCCAGUGGUGGUGGUGAGAGGCUGGAAUGCAGCAACCAUGUAAAUACUGGGGUCUGCUUUAAAAAGGAGAUCCAGACUACUUUACCUGUCUUUUUUAAAUAUUUGAAAACAGUAUUAUUCUGACCAGUUAGGCUACCUUCACCUCAUUUGGCAGUUGACAAUUAGUAUUUGCCAACCUGAGCAUUGCCCAGACAGGAUGAGAUCUCCAGAGGGUGCAGCCUGAGGUGGGUGGCAGUGGCUGGUCCUUCUCUCUGGUGCUUUCUAAGUGGUGGGUGGGGUGUCUCUAAAGGGAGUGUGAGUGGCUUGGGGAGGGCAGAGUUUAGCUUUCUUCCAGCAUAUCUCACACAUUUGUUUUCUAUAGGCUGCUUAUUCCUCAGCCUGAGCUUUCUGGGGUAGGUGACCUGCUGAUGGGGGUGUGGGAUCAUUUUGGAUAGAAACUGCAAAGCUGAUUUCACGUGUGUUCCAGAGGAUGUGUGUGUUUCCCCACUCCCCAUUCAUCAGAAGAGCAGGGGCCUGUGGGGAUAACCCAGAUUUAGCCCCCGGGACUACAUAAAGUUGAAUUGGGUACCAGGAGGAAUGGCAUCUCUGUCCAAAGAGCCCUCGUGGCCUUCAGGAAGGGUGGUGUGGUCCCAGGACGGUCUCUCUCCUCAACGAGGAGCAGUGCCCACUGGUCUUUGUGUAGACUGUGGCAGGGGAAUGUACCACCUGGGCCAGAUCUAAGACCAGCUAUUUGUGCUACUGGCAAGGUUGCUGUGGUAGUCACUUGGAAAGGCCCCAAGGAGCCUCAUGGAUUGAACAGAAAAUGAUUUUUUUUUUUUAAUGAUUUUUAAAUACUGUUUUCUAUACCAUUCUCUUGGUACUUUUUUAAAGCUAAGUCACAUUGUCUUCCAGUGUUAAAAGGCAUCCCUCACCUCUGCAUUGAACUUGGGUAUCCAUACCAAGGAAUGGAACAUCCAUCCUGAGCCAGUUCAAUUAGGUGUAAAUUCAUACUAUAAUUUUUUAUGCAAUCUGAUCAGUAGAUGAGCUCAGAUUUAAAAUUCUCAAAGCACGUUUAUUGUAACAAAGAUUGUUAUGUAUUAAUACUGCAGUUUUCAAUAAAGAUUGACUUGUGUUGCA